AGCACAGGCCAUGUAGAAGUGGUAAAACUACUCUUAAACAACAAAGCUGAUUUCAAUAUCUGUGACAAAGGAGGUCAUACUCCACUGUAUAUAGCUAGCCAAAAUGGCCAUGACAAAGUUGUGAAGCUGCUUGUUCUCGCUGGAGCUGACUUGCACAUUGCAAAUACUGAGUAUGGCGGUGUUCCAUUGGGAGUGGCUGCUGAAAAGGGACAUAUUGAAACUGUCAAGGUGUUAUUAGAGGGAAAAGUUAAUGUGAAUCACCAAGACAAGACUGGUUGGACUGCACUUUAUUGUGCUUCAAGAUCACCUGACAGUAAUAUAGAAGUUGUAAGACUUUUGCUGGAACACAACGCUGGUGUAGAUAUCUGUACUAAGGGUGGGCUAAGUCCUGUUUAUGCAGCAAGUACUAAUGGCCGAACAGAUAUAGUGGAUUUACUUAUCCAAGCUAAAGCUGACAUUGAUCUAGCCACAACUGAGCUUGGUAGUGUUCCUUUGGGAGUUGCUGCUCAAAAUGGACAUUACACCACAGUCAGCAGACUUUUGGAGGCCAAAGCCAAUAUCAACCACAAAAAUAAGCUUGGCUGGACUCCACUCUAUUGUGCUACACAGUAUGGCAAUGUGGAUGUUGUGAGGCUGUUGGUGGACAAAAGAGCCACAAUAAAUAUAAUAUGUGAUAAGCACUUAAGUAUUAAUAGAAUGGUUUGAGUCCACUGUACAUAGCCAGCCAGAAUGGUAAUACAGGAAUAGUGGACCUGCUGGUGCAAAAGGGAGCUGAUAUACACAUGGCUCACAUGGAGCAUGGCAAUACACCUCUGUGGGCAGCUGCUCAGAAUGGACAUAAGCAGACGGUUCAGAAGUUGCUGGAGGCAAAGGCAAAUGUCAACUAUCAGAAAAAGUCGGGAACAACUGCUCUGUUUAUGGCAGCACUGAGUGGACAUUCAGAGGUUGUUGAGUUACUUCUAAAAAAUGGAGCAAAAGAUAUUCCUACAAAGUAUGGGGACACAGGAUUCAGUAAGGCAAAAGCUCAUAACCACUCUGAUGUUGUGGCUCUACUACGUAAAAAGUGACUCCCAGUGCAUUGUAAUGGGACUUUCUAGUAGACUUUAGAACUUUUAUACAUAGCCCUUUUGUUUAAUCCUACAAUUAUACUAAUGUUGAUUUGUGCUGGUUGUAGUAGAAAUGCAUUUAGAUGAGUUUACUCAAGCAAG